UUAAAUAUAUAUAUAUAUAUAUAUAUAUAUAUAUAUAUAUAUACAAUAAAAAUAUAAGAGUUCAAAUAGAAGAGAAAUUCUAAGAAAAAAUCAAAAAUUCAAAGUAGUCAAGGUUAUUAACUGAGAUACAAUCAGAAACAUGAAAGCUGUUCUACUCUUUUCGAUUUCAUUAAUAUCGAUUUGCGCCAAGGCAUGGCCUACAGUAAAAAAUCCUUUUGAAUUGAUAACUCCUCCACACAAAGUACAAACAAUAUCAGACUGUAUGCAUGUGGCAUCAGAACAAGGAGAUUAUAUGUUUAAAAAAAUACCCCAUAUUAAAACAACAAAAGACAAUGUCAUUGAUAUUGGAAAUCCCAUGGAAGUUUGCGGUCUAUAUAUUGUUAGUGAACCAGAUACUGUAAUUGAAAUAACAUUAAAACAUUUUGAUAUAAAUUGUGAAGCUGGUGGACUAAUGGCUUUUGUUGAUGGAUGGGAAUUAAAUGGUGAAUAUUUUCCAUCAGUAAGAGAUCAUCAUCAUACUAUAGAAGAACGUACUAUUGAAUUCUGUAAUGAUUAUAGUCAAUGGCCACAAAUAUCACAUAAGAAAUUCUUUAGAUCUAGUCAAAAUGCAGCAUUACUUCAAUACAGAAUACCAUUAAGAGGAUCAUUUAUAGCAAAUGUAAGAUUUCGUAAAAUAGCUGAACCUUGUAAUAUUAUGGUGCAAGACACAGCAUCAUUUUAUUCACUAAAUAAUUAUGGACACCAGAGGAAUUGUACGUUAACAGCAUUAUUUCCAGCAGUAAUAUCAAUUAUAAAUAUUAAAGUUGGUGAAAGAAUGGAUGAUAAAGUAAAUUAUGAGUGUACAACGUCUCCAGAUCAUUUGGAAAUUGGUGGUUCACCAGGUUUAGAAUCAUUCGGUAUGGAAAAGUCAAGUGAUGUAUGUGGGUUCUCGGAGCAACAAGGACCAGAACAAGCAAUAUUUUGUGGAAUAACAUCUGUUCGAUUAGUUUCGAGUGGCAAGCAUAGAAAUAAAGCAGCUCUGAUGGUCAGACAAGCAGAUGAAAAUGAUUUGGAAAUUGCAACAUUGGUCUGUCCAUUGUAAAUUAAUAUAAACUUUUUUUUAAUUUUAUUAUUUUUUUAUUUUAAAAAUUAUUAAUUGAAAAAAGAAAAUUAAAGCUAAAACAGAAUAAAAUAAAUAUAAAGGAAAAAAAAGACAAAAAUAAAUUUUAGAAAAAAAAAAUACCAAAUGAAUAACAAACACACUUUUUUUUUGUUUAUCAAAUUUUAGCAUUAUUUUUUUUUUUAAAUUUAAUUCGGAUUUAAUGAAAUUUAUAAAAAGAGAGAACUUAAUUUAUUAUUUUAUAUUCAAAAAAAAAAUGCCGACAUACUGAGAGAAAUGAAAACACAAAACCUGUCAAAAUUUUAUGAAAUGACAACAACAUUCCUAAAAAUACAAACUCCAAUUUUAUUUUUCAAAAUUCUACAUUGAGUAAGUUUACAUCGAUUAUUUAUCGAUAUAAUCGAUAGAUGUACAAUACAUACAUAUUUCAAUAUGAGUUUUAUUAAACACAAGUGUACACAAGUAAUUUUUGUUUUCAUUUCAUGUCUGCGUACUUGAACUUUAAAACUGAAUUUGACAUUCAUAGUUUAGUUUCAAAUUGUAUCAAAAUUUUAAUUUGUAUCGAAGAGAUUUUUUU